GUCUCGCUUGUGCAAUCACACGUGCAAUCAUUUAAAUGUGUCGACAAACUGCUGCGGGCAUUUGUUAAAUGUUCACUGAUCCAGCAAAGUACCGUCCGCAGCUCGGUUCUGUUAUAGCUGGGCUAAAAUGCUCCCGGACGCCUAUGGGUGCGCUGUGGCGAACAGGUAUGGCGAUCUUUUGGAUGACGAUGCUGACCCUUUCGAUGUAAUCAAUAAAGCAGAAGUAGAGAAGGCGAAAAAGAAAAAGAAGGAUGGCGAGGAAAAGAAAAGCAAGCCGAAGAAACCUGGUAAUAAGGAGUCCCAGAAGGACAGACGCGUCCCCAUUGCGCCGGAUGGUCAAGACCCCACUCCAGUCCGGCAACAGCAGCAGCAGCAACAGCAGCAACGUCCUGGACCUGAGAGCUGCGAUGUCAGAGGGGAGGCCCAGAGGAGCACAAAGAGGGCUGCUUUUGGGGAGCGCAGGGCAAACCAAGAGGAGUACCCACAGGACUUUUCCAUUCCAAAGCCUUACUAUAACACAGACUCUGACCUCGGGGGCCGAGGGGGGUUCAGAGGUAGAAGAGAAGCAAGAGGUGGAGGAGGAUACUCGAGGAUCUCUGAAGACUUCAACCUGAGGGGCAAGAGAGGGUAUGAUCGACACAGUGGAACAGGUAUCUCUCCUGAGGAAAAGCGAGGAGGCAGAGGACCCUGGAACUGGGGCAGUGUCGAAGACGCUGCAGGAAGUGAAUUAAUGGAGGUGACCUCCGACGCUCCAGUCAAAUAUGAGGAGCGCCAAAUACCUGCAGAGGAAGUGAAUCGAGCAUUGGAAGACGAGGACGGAGAGAUGAUGGUCCAGGUUGCCAUGGAGAUGACCCUGGACGAGUGGAAGGCCCUCCAGGAGACGAGUCGUCCCAAGCCAGAGUUUAAUAUCCGCAAAGGAGAGGACAAGAUUCCUUCCAAAGCCAAGGUCAUCCAUCAGUCAAAGCAUGUGGAGAUUGCAAAGGAGGGGACCCUGGAAGAAGUGGAGGAUGAAAGCCACUUCCUCCGUAGGUCUGUGAAUGACAUCACCUCCCUUCUGGACAUCAAUUUUGGGAGCCUCGGACGCCCCAGUCGUGGGGGUCGGGGAAGGGGAGUGCGAGGUGGCCCAGUGCGAGGUGGCCUAGCGCGAGGUGGCCCAGCGAGUCUCCCAGAGAGAGCCAAACUCAUAUUGGAGAGGGAGGAGGAUCUAGCCCCCAACCCGGAUGACCCAGAAGACUUUCCAGCACUAUCUGCAGGAAGAUAACUGAAUUCACUUCUCCUGGGGGAAUAUUGGUUGCACUUGACACUUGCUAAAAAUACAAAACAAAAAACACUUUAUUAUUUCUGCUGUUCUUAAGGUUUGGGGUUUUAUUGUACUUGAUUUAUUUUUGUUCUAUUGCACAGAAGGCACUGUUCAGCAUUUGGAGAAUAAAUGCUUUUGCAAGUUUUA